AUGAACGUAAACGGUGAAGAAUUGCACACCCAGCGCGGCAAGCGGAAACGGGCCCACGAAGGGUACGUUUACGUCCAGGACGGAGUCAGCAAAAAUGGAGAGAAACAGUUCUGGAGGUGUCAGUUCCUCGGUGCUUGCAGAGCUCGACUUCAUACGUCCUUGUCGACUGGAGAAGUGGUGAAAACGCACGGAAAACAUAGCGACGAGCCGAACCCGGCAGCGAUCGAAGUGAUGGCUCGCCGAAUGUAUUUGAAGAAAAAGGCUCUCGAGACACAAGAAACCCCUCUGCAACUAAUCGAAUCUGUUUUCGAGAGGACCACGCAAGCGGCGAAGUUUGUGCUCCCCAGCUCCGAAACGCUGUCUAGAUCAGUUAACCGUGCUAGGAAAAAAUCGAUGCGACCAAUGGCGACACCGCAAGAUCGGGCGUCGAUUUCGAUACCUGACGAAUACACAAUGUACGAGAAAGAGCCAGGAAGCUUCGAAAAAUUUCUCAUCGGCGAUACCGGAGAAGGAGACCAGAGGAGAAUACUUCUCUUUGGACGUGAAGCCGUAGGCGAUUGGAUUGGCUACUCGCGCAAAGCUUACGUAGACGGGACCUUUUCUUUAUCGCCUCCGUGUUUUUACCAAAUUGUUGCAAUCCUCGCAGAGCGGAACAACUUCGUAAUACCUGUAUGUUACGCGCUUUUACCGGACAAAAGCCAAGCGACUUACGCGCGCAUGAUCGGACUGAUUUGUCAAGCAUGGCCAUCGUUCAAUCCUGCUGUCAUUUCCACGGAUUAUGAAAAGGGUCUCAUCAACUCGUUCAUCGCCGCGUUCCCUGAGGCCCAGAUUCACGGCUGUCUGUUCCAUCUCGUUCAGAAUUUGAAAAAAAACUCGGGGAUCUCAAUUUGCUUGGCAGUUCACAUCGACAAUGCUAUUGCGGAGCUUGCCAUCGCACUUCCUCAGGAGCUGAUGCCCGCCUUGAAGUACUUCGAAGAUAAUUACGUGGGUUCUUUGCUUCACAUACUUCCCGAUGGGUCCAUUGUCAGGCGGGAUCCCCUCUUCUCAUCCAGUAUUUGGUCUGUAUACUGGCGUACAUUGGAGGGUGAUUCUAGAACCAACAAUUAUGCUGAAGCAGCGCACAGGAGGCUCCAAACCGAAUUCGGAGUUAGCCACCCGAAUUUAUGGCGCUUCAUCGAUGGUUUGAAGAAAGUACAGCACCACCGAGAUAUGCUCUUAGCUCGAUUUGAGAGUGGUGCUCAACCGCCAGCGAAGCGUAAGAAGUAUGCCAACAUCGAUAAGAAAUUGUUCGA